AUGUCGAUAUCGGUUCCUAUCGAAAAACUUCAGCUAGAAAAACUUCUUGAUGAGAGGGUGUUCGUAAAAUGGGUUAAUGAAUCAGGCACAACAUUGACACUAGGUUCUUGCUUGCAUGACAACAAGCAGACACCUGGUUUCUUCAUGACUGUAUAUCGUGAUGUAGGAGGGCGGAUUCAUGUUCAUUUUAAGCUUCAGGUGUUUAUCAAGCUUGCUGGUAAAAAACAGAAAUUGGAUAUAUUAUUAGUUGUUCCCCCAGAUGCCGAUUUUGCGAAUGCCUCUACACCUUACCCAAUAUCGAGUGUUGAUCUAUCUCACGACGUUUCUGCUAUUCACGAAGCCGGUUUAAACAAUGCACAACAUGUUUUCCUUCUACAAUUCAAUCUCACCACGAAGGGAUUCGUUGUUACAAAGAAGAGAACUACUGCAAUCAAACCUCACACUACGACUACAGAUAUGUUGAUUCGUGGCCUUGAGUCUCUAUCUAAUGCCACAAUUUUCAGUGUAUACAUCAGGCCAAGUACUUAUGCGAAAGUACAUCUGGAAAAACUCCGUAUGCAUAUUAGUGAAUCUGCACCCAAUACCUACAAAAUCAACUUGAAGGGAAUGUAUAUUCAACAAGGGGCUAUUUUACUAGAAUGGGACAAAUUCGUAUAUAAGGAGCAACAACGCCCAAUACCGCCACGAUAUGCUCAGCCAUGUCCAGAAGUACAAGUUCCUCGGUCACCACCACCAUACGCUCAGCUAUCUCCAGAUGCGCAGGUGUCUCAGUCAUCACUCGAUAUUCUCAAAGAAACGAUUGAAGAGACACCGCCUCGAUUUUCAGCUAGUUCCAACUCUCCAUCGGUGCAUGGCAUUUUUUCUGGCUGUGAAGAGUCAUCAGAUAGCGAAGUGAACUUGGACGAUAUCGAAAAGAAUAUCAGAACAGACUUUGAUGUGGAUUCGGACGAGGAAGAGCUUGCCAAGGAGCAAUUUGCCAACUUGAAUUCUCGAGAACCAAAUCAGCAAUUCGAUUAUGAUUUAGAAACGUCACAGAAACUUAAAACGAAGUUGGAGAACUGGAUAGAAACAAUACUACCGAUAAACUUCAAUAUUCACCAUCAUACACGUCUAACUACCAAGUUAUCAAUUCUUGGCAAUUGUAUUCGUAUAUCAAAUACUAGUGUAUUUGAUGUUACUUUACUUUGGUGUUCUGCCUUGUUCUUCUACGAUCCACAUGACUCUGAUUCUAAUAAUACUUUUGGAUUGUGGGGAAAGAGAAAUUCAUGGCUUAUUCGAGAUAUAGUAGACCAGAUUCAAUGGACCAAUAAAAUGUAUAAUAGUACUGAAAUAAGCUCGUCAUUAUUAGAGCAGUUCAUAAAGCUGGGCCAAGCUGCUCGUGCUGUUGCUCUGGACAUCUCAUAUAACAAAGGCGUUUAUUUCAAACAGAAAAGUAUCUUUAUUGCUUAUGUGUUAGCGGAGAUUAGCAAGCCGAGUAGGAAGCCUGUUUCUCGAAAGAGAUUGGAGACUGAUGGCAGUGCGUCUAAACGGGUAAAAAUGUAA